AUGCUGCAAUACAUCUUUCUUGCCGUGUUGGCGACUUCGGCAGCCCCGGAAGUGCUGAGAUACCAGAGCAGCAAAAAUGUCUCAUCAAGAGCUGACCCAAAUUUCAUUUCAAAGGAGGGACAAUCUGACAAGUACAGUUUUGGUAAUUUAACAACAGAGUUUGGCUCAAGGGUCUCCAAAAAGAUACACUGCAAAAUAAAUUACUCAAACCCUAGCGCAGACUGUUCAAGGUUGGGAAGCAGUGACCUGAAGCUGCUGGCCAGUCUUCCUACCAACAUUACAAGACUAGAUUUAUCAUUCAACGAUUUAUCGUUCAUUGACAACCAGGCGUUUCUAAACUUCACGCUUCUAGAAUGGCUGAGCAUAAGUCACAAUAAUCUACAGUAUUUGAAAAAUGGCAGCUUCUUGGGUCUGCUCAAGCUAACUAUGUUAGACUUAAGUAGUAACAACUUGUCUAUGAACACGGAAACGUAUCCAGUGGGUGUAUUUAAGCCCCUUAAGGCUCUACAGAGGCUAACAAUUCACAAUAAUACUCAUAUAAACGACACAGACCUGGACUAUCCACAUGAAGCCUUUGCUGAUCUACAAAACCUUGAAUAUCUACGUUUGGAUGGGUUACAGAAUAAGAGUUUGGGUAUCGGUUUCCAGAAUAUGACAUCUCUUACAACGUUAAUAUUUCGGGGAAAGGAUGAAGGUCACUGCCAUUUUCAGUCAUUGACAAACGAAACGUUUGAAAAUGUGGCCAGUAUCAGACACCUGGAGAUAAUCAAUUGUAGAAUUAAUGGCAGAUUGUUAGAAGAUGGAGUAUUUGUGCCUUUACCUAAUUUAACAUUCCUUGAUGUGAGUCACAACGAUGCUUUGAGGUUUGAGAAUCUUCGUAAAGCUUUGAGCGCGAUUACAGAUAUUUCGAAUAUAACGACUCUCAAAAUGACCAACAUUGUCAAUCCAUACCACCCGGGUUUAUGUGUCACAAAUGACUUUGCUCAGAGUCUUCCGAGAAAACUUAAGAUGCUCAAUGCCUCCAGCAACAGCAUAGGGACAUUAGAGAUGGGGGUCCUGCAAUUUAUGCCUAAAACAGUUGAGCAAAUAGAUGUCAGUUCUAAUAAGUUUGCAUUCUGGCGUUACCUGCAGCAUCUGGAUAAACUCGAAAGCCUAAAAGUCUUGAUACUGGGUGGUGGGGAUGUCUUUGAUUUACCGCGGUAUUACCCACCGGCAUAUGCCCGUGUGUAUGACCACUGUAAGGAUGAAAUAUCUUCAACAACUGAUGAACCUCACUUCCUCUAUGGCACACUCAGUUACUUGACUCAACCGCUUCCUCCAAAACUUCGUGAAGUCAAUGCUAUUGCUGCAGAAUUUAAUAACCAUCUGAGUGAAUUUCAUUUCAAUGAAACCAAUCAACUUACAACGAUAAAUCUGGAUUCCAAUAAUUUCCCUAUAGUUAAAGGGCCUAUAAAAGGUCUAACUUUCCUGAGGCGUUUAAGCAUGACAGGUUGUAAAAUACAUGAAAUCUACCCUACGUUUUUCGAGUUCUUAGGAUCACUAGAAUUCCUCAAUAUGAGUUACAAUGUGCUCGGGGACAUGGCGUUAAACCGGAAUCGUUCGUUGUUCAUUCAUCUGGUCAACUUAACAGUUCUUGAUCUAAGCUUCAAUAACAUCUGGCGCAUUUCCCCAAACGCGUUUAAAGGGCUGGAUAACUUACAAUUCUUAUACCUACAAGAGAAUCCUAUUUUGAAAUUCAAUGUUUUCAUUUCUCACAUGCACAGUUUGAUUUUCAUCAAUUUCACAAGCACAAACUUGGUAUCAUUGCCCUCACACGUGACAAAUGAGCUAGAAAACAUUAAACAGAACUCUGCGAAUUUUACUAUUGAUUUCUCUAAAAAUAUCGUUCAUUGCUUCUGCAGUAAAAUUUCGUUUAUCAAGUGGCUGACAAAAACACGAGUGCUAGCCAACACGACGCGAAUUACUUGCACGUUUGAGGAUGGGAAUAAAAGGACCGUGGACAACUUAGAAGAAGUAUAUAACAACAUGAAAAAACAAUGCGCUUCAAAUCUGGAGGCAUUCUCCUUUAUCAUCACUGCAACGUUUGUGGUUAUACUAGCAAUAAUCGGCGCCAUUGUCUUUCGUUUUCGUUGGAAGCUCCGUUAUCUCUACUAUUCAGCCAUUCUCCACUACAAAAAACAGACUGACAGAGCCAAUGAGGAAGAAUUCGAAUAUGAUGUAUUUGUUUCAUACGCCCACGAAGAUCACUAUUUUGUAGAGAAUACACUCUACAACGAGCUUCAGAAUGCUGGCUUAAAGGUGUUCAUUCAUGGUCGGCACUUCACUGCUGGCAAUUUCAUCACUGAAAACAUUGUCAGGGCCGUACAGACUAGCCGUCGCACUCUUGUGGUACUCACACAGUGUUUGUCCAAGAGCACAUGGAGCCGAUAUGAGAUUCAGAUGGCCAACAUGGAACAAGACCACACUGGCCGUUCUGUGCUGCUUUUUCUGUGUAUGGAACAUUUACCCCACCUGCCACACGAGAUAGGAAUGUAUGUGGCCAGGAACACGUACAUCGAAUUUCCAAACUCACAAAGCACUGAACGGGAAGUGAGUUUGUUUUGGAAAAAACUGGUCUCAGAUCUGAAGUCACAAUAA